UGAAAUAGUUGAUCCUGCAUGCAGGACACGCGCUAAAAUCGUCCAAGUAAGUGCUUCAAGAUUUACUCGCCAACAACAUUCGACGCCUCAAGGGCGUUCAAGCUGGAGGAGGAUUUCGUCGGCGGCUGCAUGACAAUGUCGAUGUACUCGACAACGGAUAAAAUGAAAAUGUCAGCGCCCAGUUGUUUUCCAGGACGCUACAGUCCCUCCUAUCGAAGUUCGGAGCAAAUGCGGCGCUGCAUGCCAAAUCCAUCUCUUUUUAAUACAAGUUCAUGUGAUACACAUAGUCGUUUAUUAGAAGAUGCUUCCCUAUUAUGCAAUUCGUGGUCAGCACGUCAGAACGGUGAUAUCUUCGCGGGCAUCAACGAUGGCAUUCUCAGCAGAGCGGAGGCCCUGGCCGCCGUCGAUAUCCAGAAACACCAAGCCCAGCAUGUACAUAGCCAAAUGCCCUCCCAAAUCAAGCACGAUGUGAUGUACCAUCACCACACAAUGAGUGGGCCCCCGCAACGUCCAUUACAGGAGAAUUCGUUUUGCUCUUUGCAACAGAUGCACCAUUCAAUGGAUCAACUGGAUAUGCUGGAUCCGACGGGACAAAUGACCACGUUAGCGCCCAUAUCGGAGUCACCAUUAACGCCCACACACCAACACCUGCACGGUUCCUAUCACAGUAUGAAUCACAUGAUGAGCCACCACCAUCCGGGCACGUUAAGUGGCCACACGGGGGGACACCAUGGACACUCAGCGGUACAUCAUCCUGUAAUAACGGCGGCAGUGGCUGCCGCUGGCCUGCAUCCCGACACCGACACCGAUCCCCGAGAGCUGGAGGCGUUUGCGGAGCGCUUCAAGCAGCGGCGCAUUAAGCUAGGUGUCACGCAAGCCGAUGUGGGCAAGGCCCUGGCCAAUCUCAAGUUACCUGGCGUCGGUGCGCUGUCGCAAAGCACAAUCUGUCGGUUCGAGAGCCUGACGCUCUCACACAAUAACAUGAUCGCCCUCAAGCCCAUACUGCAGGCGUGGCUGGAGGAGGCCGAGGCGCAGGCGAAAAACAAACGACGCGAUCCGGAUGCGCCCAGUGUGCUGCCGGCGGGCGAAAAGAAAAGAAAAAGGACUUCCAUUGCGGCACCUGAAAAGCGUUCCCUGGAAGCCUACUUUGCCGUCCAGCCGAGGCCAUCCGGUGAGAAAAUCGCGGCCAUCGCAGAAAAGCUGGACUUGAAGAAAAACGUGGUGCGUGUCUGGUUCUGCAAUCAACGCCAAAAACAAAAACGUAUAGUUAGUAGUGUAACACCAUCAAUGACUGGCCACGGUUCGGCGGGAUUCGGAUACUGA